CCAAUUGUUUCUCUCUCUCUCUCUCUCUCUCACAUUCCCUCGGUCUCCGUCUCCGUCUCCGUCGUCUCCGUCUCCGCCUCGGUCUACACGUCUCGGUCUCCGCCUCGCACAUUCGCUUCGCUCUUCAAUUUUCGCCAAUGUCGCGCCGCGGCGGCGGUGGCGGCGGCCGCACAGGAGGCAGGCGACCGGACUCUCGCGGCGAUCAGCCGGCCCCGUCGUUCCAGCGCGGCGGAGGAGGAGGAGGCGGUGGUGGAGGUGACGCCAGAGGCAGAGGAAGAGGCAGAGGCAGAGGCAGAGGCUACGCCACUGCUGUUGGUGGUCCUGCUUACCCGGCUCCGUUUCCGGCUGCGGCUCCGGUUCCGGCUCCCAGAGCGUCUGCUACUGUGGCUGUGUCUCCCAGAGCAUCUACCGCUGUCGUCGCUGCUUCUCCAGGAGCAUCUACUUCGGCGGCGGCGGCGGCGGCGGCUUCCCCGUCGGCUUUGGAUGUUUCUCUGAGCAGCGAGGUCGAGCAGCGGCUCACACUGGAGGCUCGUUCGCCGCCGCCCCUUUCGUCGAAGGGGGUCAGAUUUCCGCUGAGGCCUGGCUUCGGAACGGUCGGCAAGAAGUGUGUGGUCCGAGCUAACCAUUUUCUAGUUCAAGUAGCAGACAAGGAUUUUUACCACUACGACGUAUCUAUUGAUCCUGUGGUUUCUAACAAGAAAACCAAUAGGGAGAUAUUAGGCGUUCUUGUCAAACAGUAUCGAGAGACUCAUUUAGGUGGAAGGUGGCCGGCCUAUGAUGGUAGAAAGAGUCUCUACACAGCAGGGCCACUGCCCUUCAAUAACAAGGUGUUUUCAGUUAAAUUGGUAGAAUAUGACGAAGCUGCUCAAGCGAGAAGGAGAGAACGUGAUUUUGAGGUGACGAUAUCGCUGGUCGCUAGGACUGAUCUUUAUGCUCUACAGCAAUUUCUUCAGGGUAGACAAUUGGAUUGCCCACAAGAGAUCAUACAACUACUUGAUGUGGUCCUUAGAGCCUCUCCAUCUGAGAAGUAUACAGUUGUUGGUCGAUCAUUUUUCUCAACUGAUUUAGGGUUUAAAGGUGCACUUGGUGACGGUUUAGAAUACUGGAGAGGAUAUUACCAGUCUCUAAGACCUACACAAUUUGGGCUCUCGCUCAAUAUAGACGUGUCGGCUAGAGCUUUCUAUGAGCCAAUUCUUGUUACUGAGUUUGUUGAGAAACACUUCCACCGAGAUAUGCGGAGCCCAUUGUCUAAGCAGGACUAUAUCAAGGUGAAGAAGGCUUUGAGAAAAAUUAAGGUGGAAAUCACUCAUACAGGGUAUCGGAGAACUUACAGGAUCAAUGGAUUGUCAAAUAAGCCAAUGAGUGAAACUACGUUUAAGCUUGAUGACCGUGAAACAGAGAUAUCAGUUCCUGACUACUUUUGGGAGAGAUACAACAUCGAUUUGCAACAUGGGUCAAUGCCCACGCUACUAGCUGGAAGUGACACGAAACCUGCUCACUUGCCUAUGGAGCUUUGUAGGAUUGUCAGUGGGCAGAGGUACACUGCAAAAUUGAAUGAACAGCAAGUUACUGCUCUGUUAAGGGCGACCUGCCAACGCCCUUAUGAGAGGGAAAGGAGUAUUAGGAAGAUGGUUGUUGAGAAUAAGUUUGAUGAAGAACUCCUUCUAACAAGAGAAUUUGGAAUGUCGGUGAGAAAGGAACUUGCUGUCGUUGAGGCUCGUGUUUUGCCACCACCAAUGCUUAAAUAUCAUGGAAGUGGUCGAGAUGCAAUGAUUGGUCCAUUGAUGGGGCAGUGGAAUAUGAUUAACAAGCGAAUGAUCAAUGGAGGUAGAGUGGAUACCUGGAUGUGCGUAAACUUUUCAAGGUGGAAUAGAAAUAUGACUCAUCAAUUUUGUGAGGAGUUGGUCAAGAUAUGUAAUAGUAAAGGGAUGGCUUUUAACUCCCAACCAGUACUUCCUAUAUGUGAUGGUCACCCCCGUCAAAUUGAAAGAGUCCUUGCAGAUAUUAAUAGAGAAUCUAGGGCAAGACUUGCAAACACAAAUCUACCUCGAAAAGAACUUCAGCUGUUGAUCGCUAUCUUACCAGACAUUGCUGGAUCUUACGGGAAGAUAAAAAGAAUAUGUGAGACUGAUCUGGGAAUUGUCUCACAGUGUAUCCAACCGAAAGCAGCUGAAAAAUUGAAGGAGCAAUAUUUAGUAAAUCUUGCAAUGAAAAUUAAUGUCAAGGUUGGUGGAAGGAACACUGUUCUGAAUGACGCCAUCCAAGGAAGAAUCCCUCUUGUCACUGAUUUGCCAACCAUAAUCUUUGGGGCAGACGUAACACACCCGCAGCCCGGAGAUGAUGCUAGUCCUUCCAUAGCAGCGGUGGUAGCUUCCAUGGACUGGCCAGAAGUGACUAAAUAUAGAGGUCUUGUUUCUGCACAAGCUCAUAGACAAGAAAUGAUUAAUGAGUUGUACAUCCCCAAACAGACCCCAGAGGGAAAAGCUGGAGGAAUGAUUAGGGAAUUGCUUAUUGCCUUCAGAAGAUUUACUGGACAUAAACCUCAUAGGAUAAUAUUUUACAGGGAUGGGGUUAGUGAAGGUCAAUUCUCUCAAGUUCUUCUCUAUGAAAUGGAUGCGAUUCGCCAGGCUUGUGCCUCACUUGAAGAGGGUUAUUUGCCACCGGUAACCUUCAUUGUGGUGCAAAAGAGGCACCACACGCGCCUCUUUCCUGGAGAUUAUGACAGACGUGAUACAAUGGACAGGAGCGGCAAUAUACUACCUGGUACCGUUAUUGAUACUCGCAUCUGCCAUCCCACUGAAUUUGAUUUUUACCUCAAUAGCCAUGCUGGGAUUCAGGGUACUAGUAAGCCAUCGCACUACCAUAUAUUACUCGAUGAGAACAACUUCACUGCUGAUGCUCUCCAAACCCUCACAAACAAUUUGUGUUACACAUAUGCUCGAUGCACGCGCUCCGUCUCAAUAGUACCUCCUGCUUAUUAUGCCCAUUUAGCGGCCUUUCGAGCGAGGUAUUACAUUGAGGGGGACGGUUCGGAUACUGGGUCGUCGGGAGGAGGAAGGGGCACCACGGAGGGGACUGCUGUUGAGAGCCGGGCACUUCCUUCAAUCAAAGACAACGUCAAAGAUGUGAUGUUUUAUUGCUGAUGCGUUGGGCACUGAGGGGACUUUACUAUUUUAUUGGAAAUAUACACGGCACUUACACUCUUCACGCGACCUACAUUUUGGGUUUUUGGUUCAUGUGAAAACACUAGACUCAGUUAUGAACUGGUGGAACAUCUAGGCAAUUGUCUGGUUUUGUGUUUGGCACCUCUUGAUGUUUAGUCAUCCUUCAUUGGGGCUGAUGUUGAUAAUGAGGCCGAUGAUAUUUACUUUGAUUGUGCAGAAGAAAGCUGCAUGUGCAAUAAAGUUUACAUAUGCAGUUAGUGAUGUUCCUAAAUGAAAAUCAAAAUAUGAAUCGUUCUUUUUGGCUUC